AUGUUUCUGCAGAAUAGCUGUAAUGGCAGCGUGACAAAUCAUGCACCUAUUGAUGAUUCUCUGGAGACUAAUUCGAAAAGGGGGGACAACAUACCUCCAAACAUUAAUGACCAGAAUCCUACCACAAGUCAUUCCAAAGAGAACCAAGCGCACACAGGAUUAAAACUAAAAGGGUCACAACCUUCACUUUUGAAUCCUCGGCAACCAUCAGUAUAUCAAAAAAGAAUUAGUUAUAUUCCGAAUAAAAACUUUUCGGGAAACAAAAGCACAAUUUUACAACAAGACGAUGGUAAUUCUCCCCAAGUUUCUGUCCCAAACACAUUUCACUACAAGUCUCAUCCGAAUGCAAAAUCGAAAGAAUUAGGGGGGAGUAUACUUGUUGAAGAUGAACAGCACGAUUCACUGCGCCAAAACUCGCAAUCAUAUGGUGCUACUCCGCAGUGGAUGCCAGAAGAGUUGAAAGAAAAAUGGACUCAAUCUUCGACAAAUGACGGGUUAAAAUCAAACACUGGUAACAACCUCUUGAAUCACAACAUUAAAUCCAUGGAGUUUCAACCUAGCAGUACCGUAAUUCACAACUCGGAUAUACAAAUGAAAGAAAAUCUUCCUUGGGUAUCGACGUUUGAAAGCCCUGCCGAGAAAAACUUGCAACAUAUAUUCCAGGAUCCAAAGGAAACAUCAAUCAAGGAAGCAUCAGCUUCCUCAAUGGCCUCGACGCCUGUGGGCACAAUGAGAAAGAUAUCGUCAUCACUGCACCCGGUGGCUGCUGACUUUAACGGACUGAAACCUCAGUCGCCAUUGAAAUUAUAUAACUACAACUACGACACAUUUACAAGGAUGAAACUCGAGGGCGUGCUACAAAAUUUUGCCUCCAAUAAAAACACACCAGCUCAAGUGAAUAACCGACCAAGCUACAAAAGAAUAGACUUGAAAAACCCUCCGUUGAUUGAGAAUUUACAAACGUCCAAUAUUCCUUCCAAAAUAAGCAUCAAGGAUUUUACCAAAACAAAGUCGUAUACUGCCAAUGCAUACAAGAUAAAUGCAGAAAAUGUCUUCUCUGAGAUUGUGAAGAAGGGCCAUAAAGGACAAAUUGGUCGCAUUAGGAGUGUUUCUAAAGAGACUGCGACUUCUACGCCCAAGAAAAAUCCUGUGCACACAGAUGCAGCCACAGAAAUCCAUGAGAGUAAUUACGCAUCAUUCAGUACGGGCUAUAGUUCUGAAGAGAAAAGUGUGGACAAUGAUGCAAAUGAACAGCAUAAACAGGUCUCCAAUGAGUUUACUUCCAUAACAAAUGAUUCUGAGGGCGAAGACGAAAUGGGGGUGGAUAGCAUCCACACAGAUGUGACAUUCAAAUCACAGUUGGACAUAGUUGCAGAUGCAAAUGUCAUGCAAGGCUCUUUGUACACACAAGACUUUUCAAAUUCACAGUCCUCAGAAAGUGAAGAGCCAGUGUCACUGAGGACUCUUGAGAGCAAUCAGCCCAACCAAUCAGAACCAAUGGGCUUUGAUAGCAAAUAUGAGGACUCUGUUGGCACAAUCAAGUUGAGAUCAGUUUCUGAAUUGCGUGGAAAAUUCAUAUCCCCUCUCGUCAAUGGCAAACCACAACCAAACAUAAGCUUAUCGCAUGCAUACCCAGGAAUGGUGUUUGAUCCACUUAAUCAAAAGUGGAUUAGUACUGAAACCCAGAAUAAAACAUUAGACAAUAUUGAGGACUUGACCGAUGAUGAGACCGAUGAUGAGACCGAGUUGCCUGGCAUUUUGAAAAAGGCAAACUCGAAAGCAAAAAAGACCAACUUUGAAGUUUCAUUUCAUGAGCCAAGCUCAUUUGAUAAAAGUGCUGAUAAUGGUGGCAAUGAAUUUGUUGCUGGUGAUGUUACUAAAGUAUCACAGUUGAUGAAUGUAUCCUUUUCCGAAUCAAGAAGGGAGUUAGUGUCUGCACUUAACGAUGUGCUAGAAUUGAAGUUGGAAAUUUCCUCCUGGAAGGAUGUUGAGUAUAUAGAUUUGUCUCACUGCGACUUGAGGUUCCUAAUUGACUUGUUUGAGUUCUUGCCUGUGUUGAAGAGGUUAAAGGCUUCGGGUAAUAAUAUCAAGUAUUUAUGUGGCCUUCCAAGCGGAAUACAAGAACUUGAUUUAUCAGAGAACAUUGUGGAAGACAAAAGCGGGUUUAGUGAAUUGACAAAUCUACAGCGUCUCAAUCUUGAGCACAAUCACUUGACAGAAACGACAAAUCUUUCCAGAAACAUCAACUUGACGACGCUCAAUUUAUCACACAACAGCAUUGAUGAUAUCAGUGGCUUAAAGAAUUUGUCAAAUUUGACAAAGUUGGACUUGUCUUUUAACAAAUUGAGGACAUUGAAUCUCGCGGAGUAUCGAUGGGCAUAUCUUGAAGAAAUGAAUGUCUCCAAUAACAUGAUUGAAGCAAUUGAUAAUAUAAACCAUCUUGGUGCCUUGAGAGUUUUGAACUGUGACAAAAAUAGAGUGGCAAAGUUCGAUUUGGUGAGUAUGAGUUUGAGAAAAUUACUGGUUAAUCAGAAUAACUUGGUUCAUUUUGACAUUUCAAGCAUAAAGCAGUUGCUAUGUUUAAGAUUUGAUGGCAAUGCGAUAACCAAUAUACAACUACCCAGGUGUAACAUCAUUGAAGAGAUAUCAAUGAAGUCGCAGCUAGGGUUGCAUCAAACUUGGGGCUCGUCUGCUGCAAGAUGUGAUCAAUUGAGGUGCUUGGAUUUGUCGGGUAACCGAAUGUUACCAACCGGCACAUUUCCUUUAAUCAACAAGCUUACUCUAUCAGCAAUGAAUUUGAGUCACUUGCCGAAUGAUUUUGCGAAUAUGUUUCCAAAUGUGCAAUACUUGAAUCUAAAUUUUAACAAAUUAAGGUCCAUUGAGCCACUUUCUGACUUGAAGGGUUUGAAAAAGUUGUGGUUAUUGAGUAAUAAACUACCGAGCCCUAUUAAAGCAUUGAGAUGCCUCGCUAAUUCGAAGGAGAAGUUGGUUUCGCUAGAUUUAAGAUUAAAUGCCUUUAGCAAGUCUUUGUAUGACUAUAUUUUUGCUGAAGAUGAAGCGAAUAUUGAUAUUGACUUGGCUACAGUGGAUGAGAUUGAAGCGUUUACCGAAAUAUUAAACGACUUUGAUCGCAGUGAGAUCUGGGGUGAAAGGGACCAGGCAUUUUGCCAGCAAUUGGAAAGAGCAAGCCGAAUCACAACAAUAAGAGAAAGAGAAGUUUACCAAGCCACAACUAUCAUGUUCUUUAAACACUUGAGGAGCCUCGAUGGAUUAGACAUCUCGAAUGCUUACCGACGUGAGGCCUACGUAUUAUAUAGAAAAUAUUUCCCCAAGUAG